UCAAACUUCACACACUUCAAAAUUUUCCUGCUACAUGCAAUUUAGUUUUUGGCCUUCUCGAACAAACAGAUGCAAAUUCAAAUCCAAGACAUUUUCAAGGUGUACUGCCUUUGAAUAAUGUUGCUUUGUGCUGUGAAUGGUCUGAUUUUCAGAGCAGUUGGUGGCGUUGAUGUGCUCUACUAGUGAGUUAUUUUUGCAUGGUGGUUAUGAAGCUUUCAAAAGCAACAGCAUGUAGAUAAGAGAAAAGUAUUUGGCAAGCACAUAAAAUGCAGCCACCAGGCCCGCCACGGCCAUUUCGAGGUGCCCAAUAUGACAAAGACAUGUUUACCUUUCUGCCUCCACAUUCGAAUAGAGAUGUUUCGGCAGAGUCAUCAAGAAAAAGAAAAUUAAAUUCCUCUGAUCACCAAAACACUGUAUCUGCUGCAAAUGCGAGGCAUGGUAUUUCUGUAAUUCCGUACCCUAAGCUGAAUGCUGAAAAUUUACAAGGUAAAGAAAUUCAUAGUUCUGCCCCAGCUUCUCAACCGAGGGAAUCAUCGAAUUUCAACGGUUAUUCUGAUCAAAGUCAGCAGUGGGAUCAGAAUGAUUAUGCAGUGAAUGGACAUCGUAAAGAGAGGGUUCUUAAUGAUUCUAGAUCUGAAUAUACUGGAUUUACUUCUUUUAGUGGGCAGUUGCAGUCUCCCAGUCACAAAAGUUCCUCAUCUGUAUCUUCUCUCUCUGAAAUUCAUACUCAGAAAACCUUGAAUUUGCCUCCUCCAGUUACAGAAGACUUCAGCCUGCAUGAGAAUCGCAAACCAAAUUCGCAUGAAGCCACACUUAGAGGGCUAAGUAGGUCCCCUUUGAUGACUACAGACUUUAGUCGGUGUGAGAAUUGGGAAUCAAAUGCACAUGUAGCGACUCAUAAAGCAUUGGGAUGGCAGCCUCCAGCAGUUCAAAACUCUUACCCGCAUGAGAUCCGUGAAUCAAAUGCAAAUGCAUUGGCUCAAAAAACAACAAAUUGGCUACCUUCGAUGACUCAAGAUUUUUCCCAGAAUGGAAAUUGUGAAUCGGAUCCACAUGUAACGACUCAAAGAACAUCAAAUGGGCCUCUUCUAGUGACUCAAGACCUUAAACACCAUGAGAACCGUGAGUUUAAUGCACGUGUGACACGGGUAGAGAAUGGUCCUCAUUCUCAGGAUUUUUGGAGCUUUGCACAUGAAAAGCCUAAGGUUAUGGCAUCAGAUCCUUAUGCACAAGCAUCUGCAAGAUUGGGGGGAUCACCAAGAUUGCCACAAAAUACUAUUAAGCCAGGAGCAUUUAUUGGGGGUUUGGAUGAAAAAGGUCGUUGUGAAGAAGAAACUUACAAAGCGAACUGUCUUUCUAAUAUCAAAGAGUAUGGUGACGCUGGUCGGUUUUCUGGAUUUGAUGGUGCUGAUAUCUGCAAGGGUGGAUCUUCCUCUAAUGUUACAAAAAGUGAUACUGAUAAUUUUACUGGAUUUGACAGUAGUAAAGCACCUGGGAACAAUGACAGUGCAUCUGUAUACAACUUACAGAGUGAAACUAAUAAUCUCUUAAAUGUUUUGAGACUUUUGAGUGCUGCUUCUGGUAUUGGUUUAGCUGAUAAUAAUGAUCGUAAUGUUCAAGGUUGUGGUCAUGAUGUUAAAUUGAUAAAAUCACCACCAGGAUCUACUGUUCAGAAUCUAAACCAUCCUCCAGCGGAGACAAAUUUGUCCAAGAAAUGUGAAGAUGGUUUUAUUCUUGACAAGCCUCCUACCACUGGUGAGAAGGGUUCAGUUAAAUUAGACGAUGAAUGCAAGACCGAAAAUGGAGCUUCAGCAUUUGCUGAGAAGUUAUGGGAUGGCACCCUUCAACUGAGUACCUCUGUUUCGGUGUCUGCUAUUGCCUUCUUUAAAAGUGGAGAGAAGAUGCAGGACUUCAGCUGGUCUGAAUCUGUCGAAGUAAAAGGGAAAGUAAGACUGGAGGCUUUUGAAAAGUAUGUGCAAGACCUUCCGCGCUCACGCUCUCGUGGACUCAUGGUAAUGUCACUUUGCUGGAAGGACGGAUCAUCUGAUGCUGAACAUAAAGGCAUGAAGGAGGUUGCAAGAAAAUAUAAAGAAGGAAAAAGGGUCGGAUUUGCAAAGUUGUCUACUGAUGUUGAUCUGUACAUCUGUCCUCAUAGUGAUGCAAUUAUCACUAUUCUUGCGAAACAUGGUUUCUUCAAAGGAAUGAUCGCGAUAAAAGAAAAAUCAGACCCACUUAUCGGAUGUGUUGUGUGGAAGAAAACCUCAUCUUCUGCUCCACCCACAAAAUCAGGCUCGUCUCUUUGCUCCGAGUUAGAAUCUCUUCCCGAGCAAGGAAAAUCUCAGACGCCGGUUGAUAGUGUAGAGAAUAACGUAAAAGAGAAAAGUCCGGAGAUUUUGCCUCGUCCUGAAGUUGAUCAGCCUAAGCAGUCAAUGGAAGUUACUAAGCUUAUUCUAUCUAUCCCCUCUAUUCCCUCAAAACAAUCUGCAGAUUUUUCUGAUGAUGAUGAUCUACCUGAAUAUGAUUUUAAAGUUGCAAUAUCUCAAACUUCAGUGAGCAAAACUUCAGAGAUGCAACAGAUUAGGAGCAGUCAUGUCUUGACACCUGUUUCUGCUGAACAAAAGUCAGUAAGUUCUGCUGUUUCUAUUUCAGCGCAAUAUUCUGAAGCACAUAAACCAAGCUUCCCAACACAAGAACAGAAACAAACAGGACAUUCCCAAGGACCAGCCACGGCCCCACAAAACUUCGGGCUGCAAUCUGAUGUGAAGAUUCCAAGUUUGCCUAUGCAGGAGCCGAAACCAAUAGAGAAGGGUGCAUCCCAUUUGAAACCAAAAAACCUUUUCGAUGAUGAUGAUAUGCCUGAGUGGUGCCCACCAGAUUUCAUGAAAAUUAGGGAAGAGGCGGCAAAAAGGCCAGGAAUGUCUUUUUCUUCGAGCUCUGAAGUUCCUGGGUCAGGACCUGCAGAUUCUGGGUAUCUGCUUCCCCUGCCUCCGCCUCCCCCUCCUCCCCCAUUGACCCAAAUACAGCUCCGAAGCAUGAAUCACCCUUCUGCUCAUCUUCCUAAGCCAGCUGCAAAUAGUCUCGUGCACGAAAAUCCAGGAACUUUAUCAUCGCAAGUGCAAUUCGAUGAGAGAGAAUAUUCUCCUACCCCUCGUGUACCCCCACCUCCCAUUGGUAAUCCAGCUGCCAACAAUUUUAUUCAUCAAAGACCCGCUGCUCCAUCGACCCAGAUUCAAUUUGCAGACAAAAACCUAGCUGCUAUAUCAUCUCAGAUGGAUUUCAAAGAUUACAACUCUUCCCCUUAUGUCCCGCGGCCUCCCAUUGUUAACCCGACUGUCAGUAAUAUCAUGCAUCAAAGUGCAACUGCUCCAUCACCCCAGAUGCAAUUUGGAGACAAAAAUUCAGCUGCUAUAUCAUCCAAGAUGCCGUUCAAACAGGGAAAGUACCCUUAUGUCCCUCAUGUUCCACCACCUCGAGUUGGUAACUCAGCUACCAAUAAUUACAUGCAUCAAAGUUCAGGUGCCAAAUCAACCCAGAUGCAGUUUGCAGAAAGAAAUUACUCUCCUAACCCUCGUCCUUCUGCACCAUUCGCUGGCAGACCCACGAGUGAGGAUGUUAUCAAUCAAAAUUCAGCCUUUCCUCCGGGAUUUGAUCCAAAUCCUGCUUUUAGGCCAUGUUUUGAUCAGCCUGGUAUGAAGAAUUCCAUCCCUCGUUCGACUCGGAGUUCAAAGCCAUGAAAUUUUGAAGUUAACUUUCUAGUUAAAUUUAUAAAGUUGUAGAGAUGCUCAAAUCAGGAGAUGGAACUCCAGUUUGAGCAAAUGACUGACCGUAGUUUUAAGUUGUGUAAAUAAGAUAGAAUUUUUCUCCUGUACUUUUACAUGAAUUCAAAAGGUAGUGUUAAUGCUAAUGUUUUGACAUCAA